UCUACUUCGGCCAGCCGAACUCGCUAGUUCUCUGCUGCAUCCUUUGAAGAAUCACUCUUAUAAAAAGGAGUCGAAGACUGAUCCGAAACCUAGAACGAAGAGAAUAGUCCACAUUAAGAAAGAUGACGUAUGCCUGGAUAUGCUUAUUAACUUUAUGCUCCCUCCUGGUAAUAUCCCAAUCUUUGCCAACGAAUCUGGCAGAAGACACAAAAAAGACUGAACAAACGAUGAGACCAAAACCUAAACGAGCACAGGAAAUGAUAAUGUUUGGGAACCAACAGAAUCGUCAAGGAGAGAACAGUCCGAGCGCAUCUUACUCCUCAACUGCAGAAAAGAGAACUCUAGCUUCAUCAGGACUAGGCGGACUAAAAGCAGCCCUUGCCGAAGAAGAGAAGCCUUCUCAUUCUAAUGCACCUAACAAUGCUCUCUACGAUCGUGAUUCCUUUUCUCCAUAUGAUAAGAAUUACGAUUAUGGAAAGGUCUUGGUGAAUAAAUUGGGGUACGAGAUGCCUCAAGUAUGGGAUGUUCCAUCAUAUCCUCAAUACUAUUUCAACGAAGAUCGUCGGAAGAGGUCUGAGAAAUCAGUGGUUACUGGAUCAACCACCAUGAAACCAUCAACCACUUUGUUCCAGUCCCCAACAUCUACUCAGCAAUCUGUGCAGGCACAAGUGAAGAGAAGCGUUCCCAUUUAUCAAGAAUCACGAUUCAAGAGGGAAUUAGAUAUCGACCCGGAGGACGUUUUAACUCUUCUCUCCCUAUUGGAAAACUCACGUCACAAACGGAACUGGCAUAAAUAUAUGAACGAGGAAUACGAGAACGUAGAUAACGAUGACAACCUUCUUGGAGAAGAAGAUCCGCGAAACAUUAUCCCCUGGAUGGAUUCUUCGGUGUACCCUCCUCGCCAUUACAGUGUAGAUACUUUGUCACCAUCAGACAUUGGAAUCGUUCGUACCCAUCCAUCCAGCUAUUACGAGCAAUACGAAAACCAGUACGGGCAACAAUACGAUACAGCUCCUCAGUACAGCAACCCUCAGUAUGGUCUAGUUUAUCCUCAGCAGACCUACUAUAAUGCCCCCGAGAAGAGGUUUAUGGUCUCCAGGAAACGCUCACAGGCGUACGAUCCUUAUUCCGGAGCAGCUCAAUUCCAAAUAAGUCCCCAGUCGCGAGGAUAUCCGUAUCAGCAUCAUCUAGUCUACUAGAUUAAUAUCAACUCGUCGAGCAACAAGAUUAACACGGAAUUAUCGAGAACGUACAUGGAGAAAGAGAAAAAUUCUAUUAAUGUAGCACGGGAAAUAGGGUGACGAACUGACGUUUUCGGACUCACGUAUACGCAAGGAAAACCAAACACAGAUUUUGCGCUUUCUUGGCGAACAUCUCCUCUCUGACGUCCUCUUCCUUUCGUUAUUUUAUCUUUGCUAUGAAUAUAAGGGUACGUGUUCGAGAGGCAAACAAGAAAGACUACUUUUACUUUAAGAAAUACGGUGCUCAGAAAGACUAUUCACUAUCUACAAGAGCCUGCUGAAGAGACAAUAGCCCUCUUAACUAAUGUCUUAAUCGUCUGGUUAACAUCGUUGGAACGGAAACCGGGAAGAAAUUCGUGUAUUUCUCUUUUUCUUUCUUCUUUUCGUUUUUGCCAACGUUUUCCAAGAUCCUUCAAGAGUACAGAAGCGUCUUUGAAUUCAGCGUACUCUUGCUUCUUUCUGCAGGAAGUUAUAUAUACAUAUGAAGUUAUAUAUGUACACAGUUUUAAGGCUAUUCUCGCGCGCAAAACGAGACAGACACAGGCGAGUCGCGCGACGACUGAAAUCGUUAAAAACGAUCGUAGAUACUUGAAUCAAAUGACUCUCAGGCUUGGUUCAUAACUUUCUGACUGAUUAAAAAGAACACAAGACGGCGAAUAGCUUUUUCCAUGAGUUAGCUCGUUGAAGAUAGACGUAGUACACCACUCGAUGAUUAAACAUAGUAUCCACGAAUGAGAUGUAAAAGUAAUCGGCAUGAAACGAAAUAUGGGACAGUUGUCUAAUUCGACAGCUGUAACUAGAGAACGAUAGAUUAUUUCUCAAAACACGCGAAUUUCGAAGGAAAAACGAGGCUGAAAGAUGUAAUUUUGUAACUUUAUCAUUCGUUUCGUGUCUAUAAAUGUACAUAUUUAUGUAUAUGUAUAUAUGAUAUAUAUUAUAUUGUAUUAGCAU